UGACAGUCCGUGUUUCAGGGCUCCCAUUCAGAGGGAAUCGCUAGGGCGAAUAAGGUCACACUCACCAAGUCCGGCUUUCCCCAGGCUCCGAUAGGUGGCGGAGUGGGAUAGGCAAACACAGGGUCCAUGGCUGUCCAGUCUGUAACACCCCAGCGCUCCCACCAUCAUCACCUAGCACCCAGCAGACGCUCACUAAAUUCUUGUAGAAGAAAUUAAACACAGACCACAAGACAGUGUCGUAAAGGUGGACAGGUUUGAAGGGCGUGAAUAUUUCGAUAUUGCCUCUUACCACAGGUGGUCACGCGGUGGUGGCGCAGACCUGGGCAUGCGCAGGAGACCCUGGGAGUUGUAGUUCACCAGCAUUUCGCAAAAGGAGAGAAUCCCGGAGUAACGAUGGCUACCUACAGCUUGGCGAACGAGCGAUUACGCGCCCUGGAAGACAUCGAACGGGAAAUUGGAGCCAUUCUUCAGAAUGCAGGUACAGUGAUCUUGGAACUUUCCAAGGAAAAAACCAAUGAGCGGCUCCUAGACCGACAGGCAGCCGCUUUCACCGCGUCGGUGCAGCACGUGGAGGCGGAGCUGUCGGCUCAGAUCCGCUAUCUCACUCAGGUGGCCACAGGGCAGCCCCAUGAGGGCUCCAGCUACUCUUCGAGGAAGGACUGUCAGAUGGCCCUGAAGCGAGUGGACUAUGCUCGUCUCAAGCUCAGUGAGGUGGCUCGAACCUGUGAGCAGAUGCUGGAAAACUAGGCCAAGCGGGUGAAAAGCUUGGAAGGAGAGCUCCACCUGCACCCCAGGACAGAACCUGGAGAGCAUGGGCUGCCCCGUACAUGUGCUGCUGGUCAGAAGCCAUGAGGACGAAGGCACAAGAGGCGGGAAUGGAGAACCUUAAAGACCAAGCCCAUGCCUGGCUGUGCCCUGGCUCCUCUUGCCAUGCACUUCACCGAGCACUGACAAACUCAGGACAGGAGACAGAGACUCAAGACACCCAAUCCACUUCCUCAGGUCCCUGCCCCAGGUAGACUUGGACCAAUGAAGACACAUUUUUGUUCACUGGAAAAGAUAAAAUGAGAACUAAGGGUUUUGAUAAUAAAAACA